CCUGUGGGGAGGGGAGAGAAAACAGGAGUGAGGCUCUGAGCUCCUCUAGGGCAGGAAGCUUUGUGUCCUCACGAGCCACAACCCCUCCCCCCACAAAGCCACACGCUCCAGCGUAAGCCCCACACCCUGCCUGGCAGAGUGACCCUAAUGGACACUGGAUUAAUAAAUGAAUGUGCCCCUUCAACAAGGAAGCACACUGCUGUCUUUGGGGAUCACUUCCUUCCCUGGUAAGGUCACAGAACGAAUUCUCCAUUCUGUGGCCAGGGUCUGGGCUUUCCCUGACGGCCAAAGGCCGGCCUAUGGCAGGAACUCUGGAAUCCCUGCUGGCUCCCCUUCCCCCACCCUCCUCCCGACAGGAAUUCCAGGCCUAUUUCCCAUGGGGCUGCGCAGGGCCAGCUGGUGUGACCAGGACUCGGUCAGAACCCCCUUCCGCAUCGUGGCUGGCCGCGGGUGGGAGAAGCCCCACACCGCCCUUUUGUACUGGUGCGUGUCCUCCGUCCACGCUCCCGGCCACACGGGUCCCGCUCCCGCGAGUGAGCCAUUUCGGGUCCCGCGUACGGCGCAGCUCACAGAUCCUGUGCGCAGGUGCGAUCCCCCACCCCCGCAGAUCCAGCAGCGUCCCCCCACCACACCGCGCACUCACACACGGUCGCGCACACUCACGGUCACGCGCCCCGCAGGUGGAACGCCCCCCCGCGCCCCUGCCCUGGCCGUACCUCUGCGGCGGGCUGUGCAGGGGCGCGGCGCCCGUCCAUGGAGCCCGAAGGCCGGCCUCCGCGGCCCGCUACCGCUCCCCGCCCCGCCGCGGCGACAGCGGCAGGUUCGAGUUCACAACUGCCAGGCCCGUCCCCAACCUCCCCCCGCCGGGUUCCCAGCGCCACGUGACUACAGGAGCUGCGGAGGGUCAGUCGCCGGCUCCCGCGGCCGCGGUCUGGGGGCGGGGCGGGGUGGGACAGCCAGGGCCAGGGUGCAGGCCCUCCCCCCAGAGCGGGCCGGGUCACCUUCGCAGCUGCAGCGCCUGGGCGGCCGGCCCAGAAGGCCCUACUCAGUUGCCAUGGCUACCACCAGCCUGGGUCUCUGGGGACCGGUCGGAGCUCAAGUUUCCCGACCCUUUGUCCCUGCGGAGGAUGCGCGUCCCCAGGCGACCGCGUGGCCGGCCUCUGGUCACCGGGGCUGGUCGGUCGUUGUUGGCUUAUGAGAGGCUCAGAGCCCGUCGGGAGACUUCAAAGAGGGCGCCAGCUGCCCCGGGAGCGUCGUGCCCGGGGCCUUUCCCAGGCCGCGCACCCGGGCCGCAGUGGGGACGCUCUCAGGCGCUGCAGGCCCGGGACGGCAGUGGCGCACCUGGAAGUCUCUAGCUUCCGAUUUGUUCCAAAGUGGAGCACGAAAAGGCCCGAUCCUGCGAACUUUGAAAAGGCCUCUCUUCCCUCUUUUCCAGAAAUUAAGAAAGAGCAGAAGUUGCCGGACUUCCUCCGGCUACGGGCCAGGCGGAGCCACGGCUGAGGUGGCCGUUGGCGCACGUGGGGCAUUUCGCUUGGAAACGCGCAGCAGCCUGUGUGGCGUCUGCGGUGGCAGGUGCGAGCCUGUGCCCGUGACUCACCCACUAGCAGGUGGCCCUGGCUUUCCAAACUAAACACUUCCUGGGGUUUCCAGAGUAGUACAAUUAAUUUCAUGUACUUUCAUGCUUUUCAACACAGGCAAUUUUUGAAUUGUCGUAAAACACUUUUUUAAAUCUGUUGCAUAAAUGGGAUAUAGGAGAACAUAAAACUCAGUUUUACCUCCCAGAGUCAAUUACAGUUAAUAUUUUGGUAUGUUGCCUGCCGUGUUUCUCUCUGCAUACCAUGGCAUGGCUAGCAUAAUUGGAAUAAUGCCCAGCAAAACUGUAUUCUGCCUUCUUCACUUAAGAUCUUGUGAAUUUUCUUCUAUUUUAUUAGAUAUUCUUCUAUAACAUGAUUCUUUGUGGCUAUAUAAAAGUAGACUGUUUACAAAUAUUCUAUGUGUGCCCUUAUAGGUUCAUCUUUCAUUGCACAUGCCUGCGUUAAAAAUUCUGGAAGUGGGAAGCUGAUGUAUCAAAGGCAAAGCAUAUUUUUUAAAGGUUUUCUCAAUUAUCUUCCAGGAAAACUUAUUAGUUUUCCAUUUUUUAAAUGGAAAUUUUUUAAAAAACAGUCUGUGAUGUCAAGUAUAUGAAAAAUAACCGGCCGGGCACGGUGGCUCACGUCUAUAAUCCCAGCACUUUGGGAGGCUGAGGCGGGUGGAUCACGAAGUCAAGAGAUCGAGACCAUCCUGGUCAACAUGGUGAAACCCCGUCUCUACUAAAAAUACAAAAAAUGAGCUGGGCACGGUGGCGCGUGCCUGUAAUCCCAGCUACUCAGGAGGCUGAGGCAGGAGAAUUGCUUGAACCCAGAAGGCAGAGGUUGCAGUGAGCCGAGAUCGCGCCAUUGCACUCCAGCCUGGGUAACAAGAGCGAAACUCCGUCUCAAAAAAAAAAAAAAAAAGAAAAAUGACCAUUUCCAUAUACUUGACAUCACAGACUGUUUUUUAAAAAAAAUUUAGUUUAAAAUGGUUAUUUCUCAUCUUCUGUACUUUGUUAGAGGACUAGUUAGCUGGAUUGUUUUUUCACAUGAUUAUUUUUUGCCAGUUUUAUUUUCUGUUGAUUUGUUUAUAUCCAUUUGCCCACUUUUCUAUUUGCCCAUUUUAAAAGUUGGGGAGUUGGUUUUAUUGUUUGAGAGGCACUCAUCAAGUACAGGUAUGAAAGACUUGUCAUGUUUGUUGCAGACGUGUUUCCUCCAUGUGUGCUUUAACUUGGUAACUUUUUUUUGAGACAGGGUCUCACUCUGUUGCCCUAGCUGGAGUGCAGUAGCACAAUCAUGGCUCACUGAAGCCUGGACUUCCUGAGCUCUCACUCUGUCGCCAGGCACCGGGCUACAGUGACUGCAGCCUUCACCUCCCAGGUUCAAGCAAUUCUCCUGCCUCAGCCUCUUGAGUAGCUGGGACUACAGGCACGUACCACCAUGCCCAGAUAAUUUUUGUAUUUUUUUUUGUAGUACAGAUGGAGUUUCACCAUGUUGGCCAGGAUAGUCUUGAUCUCUUGACCUCGUGAUCCGCCAGCCUCAGCCUCCCAAAGUGCUGGGAUUACAGGCAUGAGCCACCGCACCCAGCCCACAUAUGACCUUUAAGUCUCUUCCUUUAUCCCACCCUUUAAGGCCAGACCAGUGCAUCACCUUUGUGUAUCAAUUCAUGAUAUUGCCCAUAACUUCUCCUUUCCUGGAAUUUACCCCUGCCUUUAAAAAUUCUUGCUCAUAAGCCAUUGAGGAGGUCAGGUCUUAAGUAUGAGCCGCCCUGGCUGGGCGCGGUGGCUCAAGCCUGUAAUCCCAGCACUUUGGGAGGCCGAGGCGGGUGGAUCACAGGGUCAAGAGAUCGAGACCAUCCUGGUCAACAUGGUGAAACCCCGUCUCUACUAAAAAUACAAAAAAUUAGCUGGACAAGGUGGCGCGUGCCUGUAAUCCCAGCUACUCAGGAGGCUGAGGCAGGAGAAUUGCCUGAACCCAAGAGGCAGAGGUUGCGUGCGGUGAGCCGAGAUCUCGCCAUUGCACUCCAGCCUAGGUAACAAGAGCGAAACUCCGUCUCAAACAAAAAAAAAGUGUGAGCUGCCCCAUUCUCCUUGCCUGGUGCCCUGCAAAUAAAUGCGCUCUUUUCUCCAGACGCAAAAUCUCAGUGUUGGAGUUUCCUCUUAACUGCACUGGGCAGGUAGACCUCACUUCAGUUUUGUGACAAAAUUAACUUUAGAAUUUCUUGUCAAUGUUUUAAAAACCUGAUUGUCUUUCAGAUUCUUGUCUCUUCACUCUAUUUAUUCAGGUCUUAUUUUACCUAUCCCAGUCAAGUUGACUAAUUUGUACAUUCACUACUUAACUUUUCUACUUUUUUUUUUUUUGAGACAGUGUCUCACUCUGUCACCCAGGCUGGAGUGCAAUGAAUGACGUGAUAUCGGCUCACUGCAACCUCCACCUCCCAGGUUCGAGGGAUUCUCCUGCCUCAGCCUCCUCAAUAGCUGGGAUUACAGACACGCACCACCAUGCCUGGCUAAUUUUUGUAUUUUUAGUCAAGCCAGGGUUUCACCAUGUUGGCCAGGCUAGUCUCGAACUCCUGACCUCAGGUGAUCGACCCACCUCAGCCUCCCAAAGUGCUGGGAUUACAGAUGUGAGCCACCGCACCCGGCCCAACUCUUAUAUUUUAUAAAAUAAAAUUCACAAAUAUGAGAAAAACUUUGUCAUAUCAUGUAGUUUGUGGGUUCUGAAAUAUGGUCAAAGCAUAUCAUAGGAUAUAGGCCAAGUUUAGUGGUUACAGAGGAAUGAUUUUUUUUCUACCAAUGGUGUGAUAAGAAGAUGCUCCAGUUUUUACCUACUCAGUAAUAAUAGCUAACAUUUAGGGAGGCUUCACUUUGUGUCAGGCUUGGUGAUAAACUCUUCACAGACAUAUCUCAUUUAAUGCACUCAACAACCCUAUGCAAUAUUCUUCUGAUCCUUAUCUUACAAAUGAAACAACCGAGCCUCCGAAAUGUUCAAGAACCUACCCAAGGCCACUCAGCUGGAUAGUGGCUGAUCUGAACCCAGUAGCGCCCCUCUGCCCUCACUGUUAACCUCUAAAGUUGCACGUAUGCUGGCCCAGGCACAGAGGGGCCGUGGGGUCCCCGGGGUUAGUGAGUGAGUUUGGACUUGAUCCCUAACUUCCUGCAAGAGCCUUGAAAGGAGAAUUCCCUCAUAGACUCACAAAGCAUCUUCUUUUCUAUAAUCUGUCUUUCAUAGCAGAAAGAUUCUUCAUUGAAACAAGGCCCUAACCUCCCUCACUCCCCAGCCUCCAGUAGAAGAAGUGUCUCUUCUCCCAGUCAGGAGUUAACCACCUGCCGUAACUUCCUCUUUAGGCAUAGCUAGAGGAAACUGAGUAUGACUGUGCCUUAGCACUACAGAAAGAAAAUGAGUGGCAGAGGAGCUGUGGAGGGAUUCCUGAGCCUUCAUGCCAGCUGGAAACUUAAGGCCUUGGUAUUCGGGACUUCACCCUUCAAAAUAUCUUAGAGGGUGGCCCAGCAACCAGCCAAAUGGCCCAGUGGCCUGGCCCAGUGGAGACGGUCUCAGCUUUCGACAAGCCAGCUGGAGAAAGGGCUGGACAGGAAGGGGCUCACAGACAACAGAUAUUGAUAGGGCGCCCUGGGAAGAUCCAGUUUCCCUCCAACAGUGCCUGGCUCCCAUUAUCAGAUUAGAUGCAAAGUAGGCUGGCCUGCCAGGGGGUGAGGGGAGCAGUGUCUCCAGAAAUCCUCUGUGAAGACAGCCAAGUAUUGUUUAGAAGUGCCCCUGUAUCUGGAAGAUGGAAAACUGCACCCACUGCUUGUAGGCAUACCGUUCCAGUUCUCCCCACAGGACUUGCUCAUACAUCCAGCAAAUAUUUAAUCAGUGCCCACCAUCUGCCACUAUGCCGGGUGCCGGGCCUCUUCAUGAGUCAGGCAGAGGUGGUCCCUGUAGUUUUUCCACAAUGUGAGAGAGUGUUGAGAAGACUUUUAACUCUCAUUUCACUAUGGAACUAUCUCUUGGUUUAGUACCUACCACAAAAUAAAACCAAGCGUUUGUUGAUGAUUGCUGAAUGGAUGAUUGUGGAAAAGCCGGAGAAGACUGGGGAUCAAGCAGGAGAGAUGGAAUAAUGAACCUUCCCUUAACUAUCAUCACUGCUACCUCCUGCCUCUGACAGCAUCCCUACGGCAAACAUGCAAGACUCACACAGCUCUUUUCCAGGGGGUUGCAGCUUGUGGGGGAAGCAGAAAGCACAUCCCUCACUGACCCUGAUGGGGGCAGAUUCGCUGGCAGCAGUCACAAGUACGUGCUGUACACACCCCCGGGCCUUUGACCCUUCCUAGCUGGAGGGCACCAAGAUAACCAGUGUUGGGGGCAGUAUGAAGGGCUGUUGAGCUGAAGGCAGUGAGAAACUGAACGGAAGGAAGCUCUCUGCACUCCACCUGCCUAUGCAGCAUAUAAUUUAGAAGGAUAAAAGAUGUCCGCUCCCUCUCUCUCCCAGGGAAAACAGGUUAACCACUGAAGACAACCUUAGACUGCCAUGGGCCUGGAGCUGGAACCAGAGGAAUCGACACGAAUGUGCUUUACUAACUGUUUAUCUGCCAGUUAAUUACCUUUCUACAAGUUCCCCGCUUUAGAUACUCAAAGUCCUUUUCCUUUGUCUGUCACUUCUCUAAAACUUGGCUUUUCUUUGUUGAAGGUGCUGUGCAAGCUGGAAUUCAAAGCUACCUCUCUGAGAACUACUCAGUUCCUGUGUGUCUCCCAUGCAGAUGUGAAAUAUACAUGUGAAUAAACUUCCACUGGUUUUUCUCUUGUUAA